GGAAGUCUUAUUGUCCAUCAAAGAAUUAACACAGGGGAGAAAGCAUAUAAAUGCCUGGAAUGUGGAAAAAGCUUCAAUCAGAGUGACCACGUUUCAUCCCAUCAAAUAAUUCACACAGGAGAGAAACCAUAUAAAUGCCUGGAGUGUGGUAAAAGCUUUAGUCAAAGUGAAAGUCUUACUAUCCAUCAACGAAUUCACUCAGGAGAGAAACCAUAUAAAUGCCUGGAGUGUGGAAAAGGCUUCAGUGAGAGUGGAAGUCUUACUGUCCAUCGAAGAAUUCACUCAGGAGAGAAACCAUAUAAAUGCCUGGAGUGUGGAAAAGGCUUUAGUGACAGUGGGAAUCUUACUGUCCAUCAAAGAAUUCACACAGGGGAGAAACCAUAUAAAUGCCUGGAAUGUGGAAAAAGCUUCAGUCAGAGUCACCACCUUUCAUCCCAUCAAAGAAUUCACACAGGGGAGAAACCAUAUAAAUGCCUGGAGUGUGGAAAAAGCUUCAGUCGGAAUGACAGCCUUAGUUUCCAUCAAAGAAUUCACACAGGGGAGAAACCAUAUAAAUGCCUGGAGUGUGGAAAAGGCUUCAGUGAGAGUGGAAGUCUUACCGUCCAUCGAAGAAUUCAACGGGAGAAACCAUAUACAUGCCUGGAGUGUGGAAAAGGCUUCACUGAGAGUGGAAGUCUUACUGUCCAUCGAAGAAUUCACUCAGGAGAGAAACCAUAUAAAUGCCUGGAGUGUGGAAAAGGCUUCAGUGAGAGUGGAAGUCUUACUGUCCAUCAAAGAAUUCACACAGGGGAGAAACCAUAUACAUGCCUGGAGUGUGGAAAAAGCUUCAGUCGGAAUGACAGCCUUACUACCCACCAAAGAAUUCACACAGGGAAGAAACCAUAUAAAUGCCUGGAGUGUGGUAAAAGCUUUACUCAACGUGGAAGUCUUACUGUCCAUCAACGAAUUCACUCAGGAGAGAAACCGUAUAAAUGCCUGGAGUGUGGAAAAAGCUUCAGUCAUGGUCACCACCUUUCUUCCCACCAAAGAGUUCACACAGAGGAGAAACCAUAUGUACAGUAA